UUCUCUCGCCGCUAUAACGGAGAAGCUCAACGUUUCAUGCGUGCGCCGGAGCCGGUUCGGACAUUUUAAUGGGAGGCGGCUCGCUGUGGAGGACUGGACGCUGCCAGCUGCGAAGAAAGAAGCGGAGGUCGUGGCUCCCUGCCGGGCGCAGAUGGAGUCUCUGGCCGGGUACGUGUACAAGGCGGCCAGCGAGGGCCGAGUCCUGACCCUGGCCGCGCUGCUGCUCAACCACUCCGAGCCCGAGACCCGGUACCUGCUGGCCUACGUGACCCAGCUGGCCGGACAGAGGUCCACUCCCCUCAUCAUCGCAGCCCGGAACGGACACGACAAAGUGGUCCGGCUGCUCCUGGACCACUACAGGGUGGACACGGAACAGACCGGCACGGUCCGGUUCGACGGCUACGUCAUCGACGGGGCCACGGCGCUGUGGUGUGCAGCCGGAGCGGGGCACUUUGAGGUGGUGCGCCUGCUGGUGAGUCACCGUGCCAACGUUAACCACACCACCAUCACCAACUCCACGCCGCUGCGGGCCGCCUGCUUCGACGGGCGCCUGGACAUUGUCCGCUACCUGGUGGAGCACAGCGCCGACAUCAGCAUCACCAACAAGUACAACAACACCUGCCUGAUGAUUGCCGCCUAUAAAGGCCACACGGACGUGGUGAAGUUCCUGUUGGAGCAGGGCGCCGACCCCAACGCCAAGGCCCACUGCGGCGCCACCGCCCUGCACUUUGCGGCGGAAGCGGGCCAUCUGGAGAUUGUAACUGAGCUGGUGCGCUGUCAGGCAGCCAUGGUGGUGAAUGGACACGGCAUGACGCCCCUGAAGGUCGCGGCAGAGAGCUGCAAAGCAGACGUGGUGGAGCUGCUGCUGGCGCACGCCGACUGUGACCCCCGCAGCCGUAUCGAGGCCCUGGAGCUGCUCGGCGCCUCGUUCGCCAACGACCGGGAAAACUACGACAUCCAGAGGACAUACCACUACCUGCACAUGGCCAUGACGGAGCGCUACCGCGACCCAGAGAACAUCAUCACCAAGGAGCUGCUGCCGCCCAUCGAGGCCUACGGCGGGCGCUGCGAGUGCCAGACACCCCAAGAACUGGAGGCCAUCCGUGUGGACCGGGACGCUCUGCACAUGGAGGGGCUGAUGAUCCGGGAGCGCAUCCUGGGCUCGGACAAUAUCGACGUGUCACACCCCAUCAUCUAUCGCGGCGCCGUCUACGCCGAUAACAUGGAGUUUGAACAGUGCAUCAAACUGUGGCUUCACGCGCUGCGUCUGCGGCAGAAAGGCAACCGGAACACGCACAAGGAUCUGCUGCGCUUCGCCCAGGUGUUCUCGCAGAUGGUCCACCUGAAGGAGCAGGUUCUGGCCUCGGCCGUGGAGCAGGUGCUGAGCUGCAGCGUGGUGGAGAUUCAGCGUAGCAUGGCCCGAGUGGACACGGCGGUCGAAUCCGAGCUGCCUCAGGCCAUGGACAAUUACGAGUCGAAUGUUUUCACCUUCCUGUACCUCGCCUGCAUCUCCACCAAGACCACCUGUGGCGACGAGGAGCGCGCCCGCAUCAACAAGCACAUCUACAACCUGAUCCAGCUGGACCCGCGGUCCCGUGAAGGCUCCUCUCUGCUCCACCUCGCCAUCAGCUCCAGCACGCCGGUCGACGACUUCCACACCAACGACGUGUGCAGCUUCCCCAGUGCCCAGGUCACCAAGCUGCUGCUGGACUGCGGCGCGCAGGUCAACGCCGUCGACAACGAGGGCAACACGCCGCUGCACGUCAUCGUCCAGUACAACCGGCCCAUCAGCGACUUCCUGACGCUGCACGCCAUCAUCAUCAACCUGGUGGAGGCCGGCGCCCACACAGACAUGACCAACAAGCAGAAGAAGACGCCGCUGGACAAGAGCACCACCGGCGUGUCGGAGAUCCUGCUGAAGACCCAGAUGAAGAUGAGCCUCAAGUGCCUGGCGGCGCGCGCUGUCCGGUCACACCAGAUCACCUACCGCAACCAGAUCCCCAAAACGCUGGAGGAGUUCGUGGAGUUCCACUGAAACGGACCUGAGAGCUGAAGGAAUCAAGGACUCUUUGUUGUUUUUAAAGAAUUUCUUAUAAUUUUCUAACGAAUCCAAACGGUGCUGAAGGACGAUGGUUCAGUACUCAAAGUUUUUGAGCAUUUUUAUAAAAAAAAAAAAAGUGGGUUGCUUUUUUUUCUAUUUUAAGUAUUAAUUGCUAAGUACCAGCAGCGACAGACGGCGGUCGGUCUGUGUCUCUGGCUCAUUGCAGAGGAAACUUCACGCCGCCUGCAGCAGAGAGAGGACCGCAGUGACAUCACCGUGCCGCUUCUUGUUUUGCCUUAUCUCCACGCCGCGGGAGCCGCCAUGUGACUGAUUCUACGGUCUGAGUGAAUGAGCGAGUGAGUGAACGUAGAGCAGCCGAUAGACAACCGACCUCGACCGCUCUCCACGCCCACAGAGCAGCCGCCACAUGCACUGAUUAUUUUUUUUAACAUGAGAAAUGGUUUUCACUGGGUUUAGUUUUUACUGUAACGAUGAACCGCUGAGAAACAGGACACACGAUCUGACUGCUGGACAGAAUCUAUACAAACCAUCAGGUUUUUAAGUUCGUUAUAUUUGAAAAUAAGUUUAUUUUAAAGGGUUUGUAGAUUUGUUCCGAUGCUGCCUAAAAUGUGGUUUGUGCACCGAUCUGACGCCUCAUAAUUUAUUAGCCCCGAACUGGGUCCGUGCUACGUCCUCUGCAAGUCUGCUUUUCUUUUGAGGGUUUAACCUCACAAGGUACAGGCUUUGGUAUAAGCUUGUUUAAAAAAUGUGUGUCUAUCUGUUGUUUAACGGACAUGUAUCGGAUCGGUCUCGGUAUCGAGAAGGAAAAGGUGGUAUCGGAAAAUUUCUAUGUUUUUAUGAAAAUACUUUUUCUGUGGGCCCGUUUCACUGAAACUACACUACAUGGCCCAAAGUGUGCGGACGAACCCAUCCGCAUGCUUUGUACUUUUUGUUGGGAUGGAUUUUUCCUGAUUUUGGUCCCGUACUCGACACAAUAAUGUUUGUUUUUGUUCUUUUCCAGGAUGGCGAAGUCGCUUCUUCUCUGGUAGUGUUUUUCCACCAAAUCAGCUCUGAUUCUUGGCAGCUUGGUGCUAACUGGUGAAUCUGCAAAUGUUUCUACCAGUUUUGAGUGGAACCAAUCAGUGCAUUGAAUUGUAAUCAAGGAUCCGUCAACAGAGGGCGUUGCAAAACAACCUGUAGAAUAAUACGCCCAGAUCAGAACAGAGCCGGUUCCUAGUUGGUGGAUUAGGACUGUGAUAGACUUAACCUAAACCUAACCAACGGAGGCAACGAGGACUAGCCAGUCAGAGCAGGUCAUGACUUCGCCACCCUGGGAAAAACAAUUUAGCCUACUGGACACCUUACAAUGAUAUUUUAGACCUCUGGUACCAAAUGUUUUUGGCUCGUGACUCCCGUCGUCACAGGGUUAAUAUGUCUGUUUCAAGACUAGAAACUACAAACAGUUUAAUUAUACCAAUAUUUAGUGGCUCCAAAUAGUAAAACUAAAAUCUAGAAUUUCACAAGAAAAAAGUAAUUAUUAGAGAACAGUCACUUGUUUUAGAUGAUGUGUCCUUCCAGCAAUGUGGCAGCAGUUUGUCCUUUUUCUGUUUCAACAUACCUGAAAAGUGCAUCGUCACAAACCGCUCCGUUUUGGAGAUGUAUGUUUUUCACAGGACAGGAUGGAGGCUGUUAUCACAGCGGUUGUCCACAUACUUUUGGCCAUGUAGUGCACUUUUUCUAAUCUUUAAAAAUACAAACCAAAUAUUCCCUGAACGUAGUACCAUUGUUUUGAUUCUGUAGAUGCUGGCAGAUGGGCUUUUAGUUUGAAAUGUAAACAUAAGAACAGAAAUAACGAAUGUUCUCCCAGAAAUCCACAUUUUUAAGUUUUUUUUUUUUUUUUAAAUAAACAGUGAAGUCGGGUUGCAGCAGCUUCAGCUUUGGUCGUCGUGUCUGAAAAACAUGAAGGUAGAGGUCUGAACAGGUCCACAGAUUCUGUUUAAUGGGCUCUCAGUUGGGUCCUGUUGUGUUGCCAAAGGUCUCAGGUCUGUGAGUCAGUAUGUCUAAUAACUCUUUAUCAGCUCUGAUCAUGUGCUCUCUUCAUACACCAGUGACAUUGAUGCUUCCGAAGCCCCGCCCCUUUGUGCUCUGUGCUCCAAUAACAGUUAGAUACAACGUUAGAUAGACUUUUAACGUGACAUUGUCCAAAAUACCUGUUUAAAAAAACUUUUAUUGAUGUUCGAGUAAUAUUUAUUACGUUAAAUCGGGGCGCGCCAUCACACAAAUGUUGGGCCGCCAAGUGCAAGACACGAUGAAGUGAGUAGCCGAACAUUCUGGUUACGCAAAGUGGAUACGUUAAUUUUACAUUAAUGCAUCAAUUUUGGUCUGUUGCCUGUUAUUUAAUUUCCUAGUUCUGACUUGAGCAUGAAAUAGAAAGUACGGUAGUUGUUAUUUAAAUUUCUUUUUGUGUUUGAUUCAUAAAUUAAUGACAAAAAAAUCUGUUUUUAUUUUCCGAUUUUAUUUUCUAUUUUGAAAAUAAGAAAAACAAAUAAGGGGAUUUCUCCGAAUUUAGAAGUGAACUUUUUUUUCACUAUUUUUCUACAUUUUACAGACUAAAGAAAUAACUCCACAGAUUUAAAACAGUGAAAAUAAUAAUUAGCUUGCAUUAGCAUGUUUUAUGUAACAGACGGACGGAUGAUGCCACAGGUGGCUCCUCAACACAAAGAGGGAACAUCAGGACCGGUUUGUGUUGAUUAAAUUAUCGUCUGUGGCCGAGCUGUUGCUGCAGUAAUUAGAUUGAAGAUGUGUUUUCGUUGUAUUUUUGAAGCUGCAGGGUCCUCUGAGCUCACUGCAGUGGGACUCUAAAAUAAACACCUAUUGAAGCUGUAGAAGAAAAAUGAAUCCCGGCGUUCGGUUUUCAUUAGACGCUGGUGUGGCCGCAGCCGAUGUCGUGAGUAUCUCAUCAUCGGGUCGAGGAAAACUAAUUUUAAAGUGUCACACUAAUCAAUAAUCUGUCCAGCAGAGCUCAGAGUUGUUGUUAACCAUGUGAUCGGGCAUUACAGGCGGGCGGGGGGGGGGAGUUCUGCCUGCAGGUUUUAGGGGUUUGGUGGUGAUGAUGAUGAUGAUGAUGAUGAUGAUAAUGUGCCAUUCAGAGUGCUAAUUUUAUUUUUUAUUUAAAAGCGCGGGAGUGUGUUGAUGGAAGUGGGAAGUUUGGCUGAAAUGAAGCCAAAGAUUCUCUUCUUCAUGUGUUGGGGAAACUUUUUAAAAGAUGUCAGCUGUGGUGAACUUCCUGCAGAAUGAAAGCUUUCAAAUUAAAAGUCUUCUGUCUGCA